GGAGGCCACUGCAGUUGUCUCUUGCAGUCGCAGGGAGUAGAGGUGCGGGAAUAUCACCUCCCGGUCGCCUCUUUAUCGGGCGCUUUUCUCCGGCUGGUUUUCCUCCACCAUGACAACUACGACCACUUUCAAAGGGAUGGAUCCCAAUGGCCGGAGCAGCUCCAGGGUUCUUCGCCCUCCGGGUGGUGGUUCCAAUUUCUCCUUGAGUGGGUUUGAUGAGCCAAAAGAACAACCAGUGAGAAGAAACAAGAUGGCAUCCAACAUCUUUGGGACUCCGGAGGAGAAUCCACCUUCCUGGGCUAGGUCAACAGCAGCCAAGUCCAGUGAUAUCAGUGAAAGUUCUGAAGCACCUGGGUCCCAAAGAAGAAAGUCCACUGAUGCAGAGUGUGGUGACUAUAUAGAUCCAAAGGGUGGAGAAGUUGAAGUUCCAGAAAACACCGACGCUGAAGUAGAAACUGCUUCAGGCCUGAGUGAAGAAAAGCCCCUGCCGGCUGCACCUGUUCCUAGCCCAGUAGCCCCUGCACCAUCUAGGAGAAAUCCCCCUGGUGGAAAGUCCAGCCUAGUCCUAGGUUAAACGUGACCCUCUCUGCUUCUAACUACUUGGAACUCAUGUCUGUCAUCUUUUUCUCUUUUUCCUUCCAUGCUUUGUGAACUGCACAACUUGAGCCUGACUGUACAUCUCAAACUUAUCAUUACAAGAAGCACUUUAUGUACUUCAGUUUUUUAAGGAAGGCUUCCCCCCCCCCUCGACUUUGGUUUUGUUUCCCUUGGGUCUACUGGAAGUGGUAUAUGUAAUUCCCCCCUCCUCCCAGUGGUAGACUUAGAACAGUGGUAUUUGCUAUACAGCCCAUGGCUGACGGAAAGAUUUCUAAGGUAUAUAGUAGUGUGUAUCAUAAACUAGACUGGUUGGUUCUGAGUGUGGUAGGUGGCAUUUUUGUCUUGAAACUUAUAGAAGCCCCUUAGUUGGCUUAGAAUGGUUGAAAGUCAGGGUUGUACAGAUGUGGUGGUCUCUUCCCUAUCCAUCUU